AUGGCUUUCCUUCAGCGCAACUUUUACACUCCCGAGACCUCUUUCACUCCUCUCUUCCGCCUUCUUGAGGACUUCGACAACUACUCUCGCCAAGGCAACGACACUCAGCGUGCCGGCCGCCGCACUAUCGCUCACUGGCAGCCCAAGUUCGACGUCCGCGAGACGGGCGAAGCUUACGAACUCCAUGGCGAGCUCCCUGGAAUGAAGAAGCAGGAUGUCCACAUCGAGUUUACCGACCCUCAAUCGAUUGUCAUCCGCGGCAAAGUUGAGCGCACCUACACAGCCGGCACCCCUCCUGCCGGUGCUCUCGAAGACUCUUCCAAGAGCGGCGCCAUCACUGAGUCUGGCGAGCAUGAGCGCCCCAAGUCUCCUCAUCAGGCUACCGUCGAGGACGAAAACGAAGCUGGAAACACUACCGCCCCCGCUGAAGGCGAGGUGGUCAAGGCCGACUCCUCUAAGAAGCAACCUGCUGACUCCGCCAAAUAUUGGCUCACUGAGCGAAGCAUCGGCGAAUUUUCUCGCACUUUCAACUUUCCCUCUCGUGUCAACCAGGAUGGUGUGACGGCCAACUUUACAGACGGCAUUCUCAACGUCGUCGUUCCCAAGGCGGCUAAGCACGAGCCUCGCCGAAUCAACGUGCUCUAA